UCGGUUUGGACCAAGCGAAGAGUUGUUGGAAAAAAUCAAAGCAGCCUCGGGCGUGGAAGGAGGAAGUGGGGAAGGGCGAGAGAAGUCAUGGGGGGCGAAGUUUCCACGCAGCUGGUCUAUUGAGACUUUGCCUUCAAAGAGUCCUUCCUCAGUAGCGCUUGAAGAAAAGGCCUCACAGGUCCAUCUCAGAAGCCCAAUCAAGAAGAAGGAGAAAAGACGCCCAUUUCUGGUCUUCUGUUCGGCCACCAACAUGGAAUCAAGGAGAGGUAUAUGAUCUUAGUAGGGGAAUUUCGUUACGCUAACUUGUCGAAUUGGGCGUUUUCCCUUUGCUUUUAGGAGCUAGUUUGUCUUUUUCCUGGAUUUUGGUUAUUUCAAUGAACUAGCUAGUUUUGGUGAUGUGGGUGAUCUUCCCAUGGACUUGUAUUCAUUGAUUUCGUUAGUGUGAAAGAUACGGCGAGAUUUUCUUACCAUAUAGGCAUGGGUUUCUAUAGAAGAUACCCACGCAGUAGAGAGAUAGCGUUGAAGCGUUUGCUUCCUCUGCUGCUAUUUUCUCUCUUUGUGGUUGUUGGUGUGCUUGUGCUGAUAAGAACAAGUGCCCUUUCAUCUCCUCGGGCUUAUGAUUACAAUGUUCAUGAUGGGCUUUCUUCGGAAAUUGAAGAUCAGUUGUUGGAUGUUGUGAAAAAACCAAAGAUCCCGUUUCAGAAUGAGUUGUCUUUGUCUCUAGAGAAGAAAAACCACUUGCCGCCGAGAAAUUUGGACCUCUUUCCCACUUUGAAAGAGGGACAUGUUUCCAUUGUUCUUUAUGUUCACAACAGGCCACAGUAUCUGAGAGCGGUCGUUGAUAGUUUGUCAAAGGUGGAAGGGAUUGCCGAGACCUUGUUACUUGUUAGUCAUGACGGGUACUUUAAAGAGAUGAACUCAAUCAUAGAAGGAAUCAGGUUCUGUCAAGUGAAACAGAUCUUUGCACCUUAUUCACCCCAUCUGUUUCCUGAUUCGUUUCCUGGUACAUCCUCAGGGGACUGCAAGGAUAAACAGGAUGCCCAGAUUGAUAAUUGUACUGGGAAUCCUGAUCAAUAUGGGAAUCAUAGGUCGCCGAGAAUAGUGUCAUUGAAACAUCACUGGUGGUGGAUGAUGACUACAGUUUGGGAUGGUUUGGUGGAAACAAGGAGGCACCAGGGGCAUAUCUUGUUCAUUGAGGAAGACCACUAUAUAUUCCCAAAUGCUUAUCGGAAUAUUCAGAUACUGACUGACCUGAAGCAGAGCAAAUGUCCUGACUGUUAUGCUGCUAAUUUGGCGCCUUCUGAUGUCAAGGCGAAAGGAGAAGGGUGGGAAAGCUUGGUGGCAGAGAAGAUUGGAAAUGUUGGCUAUACUUUCAAUAGGACUGUUUGGAGGAAAAUUCAUGCAAAGGCUUUUGAGUUCUGCUCUUUUGAUGAUUAUAACUGGGACAUUACAAUGUGGGCUGCAGUGUAUCCAUCUUGGGGAUCACAUGUUUACACAUUGAGAGGACCCAGAAGGAGUGCUGCUCAUUUUGGAAAAUGUGGGUUGCAUCAGGGGCAAGAGGAGGAUAGAAGUUGUAUUGACAAUGGCAAGUUGGAUAUUACUGUUGAAGAUGCAGAUAAGCAUCCAAACAUUAAAACAGAAUGGGGUUUGCAUGUAUUUGAACAACAAGGCGGCUACCAGGCUGGAUUUAGGGGUUGGGGAGGCUGGGGUGACAAGAGGGAUCAACAGUUAUGCAUGAGUUUUGCUUCUAUGUACCAUGUGGUAGAUUCAUCUCAUGAAGCCAGGUCCUUGAAACAUAAAGCAAUGAGGCAGCCCACAUCUGAAAUGUCAAGUUAAAUUUUACACAUAAAUCAUCCUUGUAAUCAUCAUUUUUUAUUUUUUUGGCUAAGUUUUUGACAUCUGUAAUUGGAAUUUUAGUGUUUUUAUUUAGGGAUUUGUAUACCUGGAUGCAACAUGACAGUGCUUACUCUUUCUGGCUUUCAGAUAUUCUUCUGUAAAUGCAUCCAGAAUAUUUUACAAAUAUUGCAUCCUUUCAGCCAUCUAAAACUUACUCAGGCUACUAAAAAUUAGAAAAGACAAUGCUGUAUCCUUUUAUUUUAUACAAGCACUAAUAGACAUUCAUAUUAUUCUUGAUA